GACUUGAAUUCGUUCAACCGAGUGGUUUCGUUGUCAGUUUGACAUGCACAGGCGUUCUGUGUGCAUCGGUAGUGUGAGGUGUUACAAGUUUCUCUAUAAUUAUAUAUCCUUCCUUACAUACAAUAAUCUUGAAUUAAUCAAUGAAUUCACAUUUAGUACUCCUACCAAUAUAAUUUUCAAUUUUCGUGUAACAAAGUAUCAAAUUAUUGAUGUUUAUAUAUAAAACGACGUGGCCGUGGAAAACAAGUGAAAACCGGCAAGAUAAUUAGGAGUCUAGAAUUAUUAAUUAUAAUCAACGGUUAAUAGUGUUCGUCGAUAUUCGCGGGAUGCGCUACGAGACCGUCUUUUCUUGUAGUCAUUUUGCAUCCUGGUUAUAUCUCGAAAGGGAAUAACCUCGAUUUCAGGGAGAGCAGAUUUUUUUUAUUGUUAACGAUCACGAGAUUUGUUAAAAUCCGGAAUCAUGGAUUCCAAUACGCCGAAAGUGGAGUUCGCACUUGGAAGUGAAGUGUCGUUGAACCACUUCAAAAGUAACUUUGCGCGUUCUGUCGUGACCAAUUGCCGUGAUUCUAAAUCGCUGGAUUACGAGCUUAACAACACGACCGGCGAAGAUGAUACACAGACCAAUGGCAACAACAAUAAUUUCUUCUCCCUCAUCAAUUUCGGAAGUGACUUAACGACCGUCGUGGAUAAUAACGUGGAUAAUAACGCCUUUAAGGACUCUCCAAACCUUUGGAAAACGAAUGAGCCUGUUCAAUCCUCGGCGGAUAUCAGCGAACUGGAGACGCUGAAAGCUCAAUACCGAUCGUUGAUAGAAGAGAACCAAAGACUUCAGAAGGUUUUAGCGACCAGUGAAAUACCUCACGUACAAGUAAUCGACAAUGUUUUCCUGCAAACACAGGUUGAGACAUUGCAGUGGCAACUGAAACAGAUAGAAGCAAAUAGACAGAUGUACCGUGCCCUGAUGGAGCAGGUGCUGCGAUUCCUGGACCGAGCCCGCAAAAGCUUGGAUAUUCUUCACGAAAAGAGUAAUCCUAAGGAUAAGAAGUUAACGGGACGGUUUCCACGUAGCCAUAGCGUUCACACUGUGCACGCAGAUUCCUCGUCGAUUCAUGUUUCCUCAGCGCCAUCAUCUUCGACUUCUUCUCGUUUCAUGAAGUCGAAAUCAGUCACACAGAUCUCACCGUGCACCAGCAACUUCCGCGAAUUCACUUGGUCGAUGCUUCGUAGAAACGAUACAGCGAAUUGUACUCCUCCACGUAAUAAAUCUCAGGAUCUCAAUAAAACUCAUGACGGUGUUGUUUAUAAAACCCCUACGUCACCCGAGCUGGACCCGAAUGAUAUACCGCCCCAGAAACUAUCCCAAGAAGCAUUUAGAUUAAUGAGAACAGUCCAGUCGUUGCUCUCAAUGAGAGAACCGGAUCUGGCCAGAGUCUCGUCAACAGAAAAUAACGAAUCCUCCCCAUCACCCGUAGAGCAUCAUCGUUACAAUAAUCAUCACAACGAAGUAUCAAUGUCCUUGCAGGAUGGUAAUUAUGUAAAUGCAACGUGCUUGCAGGAAGCUAUCGGGUACAAUAGAUGUUCCAGUUAUGACAAUGGAAACGAAUCAAGUACUACCAAUAACGACAAUAGGUGUUUGUUAAAAUCAUCCUCAAACGUUGUUGAGAUCAGUCAAAGUUUGCACGAUCUUCUCCCUGGUAUAAGAAGAUCCCUUGACACCACCUCACUCAACUCAGGAAGCAGCAAAAAUACGGAAGAAGAGGAUCUACUUCCAAAUAAUAGCUGUUAUAACGUAUCCAUAUCGAAUCAUAAACGUAUUUACGUAUAUACGCCGACAUCUACGCCAAAUAGACUUGUUAGAAAAGUAGAGAUAAAGGAUAAAUCUUCGAAAUCAAAGGCAACUGCCAGUAUGAGCAGCGUCGAGGAUGAGAGUGGAUUUUCUUCUAUGACUUCUUUUCAAGAAAUUGGUUUACCUAACGUUCUGCCAAUUUCUCCUAUAAGAGGUUGUCAUCAAGAGGUGGGUUUACCGGUAGUACCAUCAGAAAAAGCUAGGCAUCGUAGGUGGUCUUCCACUCCUGCUGAAAUUCGAGCUUUCUUUAAGAAACAUCGUGGUAGCUACACCACCUCUCAAACUACCACUAAAUCUUUAAGUGUCUGGGUUUGAAUGAUUUUACUAGCAAUAUACAUAAACUACUUUCUAAAUGAAAUGACUCUGAUCAAUGCACUUGAUAUAUUCAAAUGUAAACAAAUGACCGAACAUAGAAGACACAGUCGAGUAUUGAUAUGGUAAUUUUUGUUAUAAAUACUUCUGUCUGAAUAUUUCCAGAUCAGUUUUACAUUUUAUGUGUUCAUGUUCAGGAAAGUUUUAUCCUUUAAGAAACGUUUAAAGCAGUUUAGAGACAAACGUAAUGCGAAUAAUUGAUACAAUCGUUUAAAAUUUCUUUUUGUUUCUCACUUAUUUGACUUUAGUUGUAUGAAUGACUUGAUGCAUUACUAUAGAAUAUAAACUUGUUCAGAGUUUCAUUAGAAGGUUAAUAUGUAUACAAGUGUAUUUAAUACUUUUACAUGUAUUAGGAAAACAAUUCUUAAUAGUUAUAUGCAAAAGAUUUUGUAAAAGUUGUCUCCAGCAUUUGUAUUGACAGAAGCAAUCGAUAAUCAUAUACAUCUCUUAGACGUGUACCAAUAUUGUAAUUGAGCAUUUUGCCUUUUUACUGGUACUUUAAAAUAUUUUAAACAGUCCCAACUUCCACUUUGAAAUAGUGUUCAAUUUGUACUUACAAGUAUUACUGUGCAGCGUAAGUCAUUAAAAGCUGCA